CGAGGGUUAAUAAAAGAGAUUAGAGCUUAGUUUCGAUAGCUUGCUGUAAAUGAAAUCAGGUUAAAUGGGAGACUGAGGAGGAGAAAAUUCAUCAGUAGCGUCGCUAUGAGUUUCCUGUGCUGCUCCUGCUAUUGGACGGGUAUAAAAGACUGUUUUAACUUGGAGCCUGAUGAAGAAAAUGUGUCCUCAACUGGUGGCCCUGGUGGAAGUGGAGAAAACAUUCAUAUUGUUGUGGAAGAUCUCGGGGUGGACAACCUCAGCUUCAUCCUCAGAGAAGUGGAGGACUUUUCUAAUUUACCUGCUCAGAAACCGCAGAUGAGUCGCUCGGCAAGUUCGGUCUCUUCGUUUCAGAGAGGGCUGCGGAAGGUGAAGUUGGCGCCGUUGUCCUCGAUGCCUCUCCAGUCCAGAACCAGAACCCAGGACAGCCUGACCAGUGACGAGUACGGAUCCGCUGUGGAUUAUCUGCUGUUUAGGACAAGCAGUUCCAGUGAUGGAGGUCUGCUCACGCCUCCUGUGAUCAAUCUGAUUCCUCCUACGCCCUCGGACGUCUUGGACGAUGAUCAGUUUUUUGACGUUAACUCGGAGGAGGACAGCGUGGCUCACACGUCUGGAAGUGAAGGCGUGGACAGCGUGGGAAGCAUUGCCACCACAGAUAAUGUACCUAAGGUAGAUGUAGAGGAAGCUCAGGAAGAAGAUCAGAAAGCUGAACCAGAGGAGCUGGAUACUCUCGACCCUCAGAAUGAAAAUCCAGAGACUAGUUUAAAACAGAGAGCAGAUAUCAGCGAGGAGGAGAAGAAGAAUCAGAAGAAAUUCUUGCGCUCCUCUUUCCAGGUGCCACCGUGUCCCAUCCUGUUCCCACGAAAGCGAAGCUUCAAUGCCGGAAUCAAUUUACUGCAGUUUACAGAACACAACCUGGAUGAUCUGAGCAGUAAGGACAGCUCUAAUCGAGACUUGCUCAUGACGAAGCUGAGAUUACUAACUUUCCGUGACAACAUGGAUUCAAUUCUUCUACAAAAGGCGACAGCUACAAGAUCCUGCAGUUUGGGAGGAGUUCCACAGAGUCACACCUUUCGAUCUGUUCAUCACAGAGCAGAGGAUUCUUCUAAAAAUGAUGGGUCUCUGAGGCAGAGGAGAAUAACCGUCGCAUCAUACAUCCCUCAGCCGCAGGACCAGAAUGGAAAGUUUGAGGAACACACAAACCAGAACUUAAUUGAGCUUCGACACAAACCGCUGGUGGAGAUGAACACGGAGGAGGUGUGCCAGUGGUUCAGCAGCAUCGGCUUUCAGAAGUGCCUGCCUUUCAUUAGAGAGGCAGAACUAACAGGUUCCCACAUUACCUGCAUUGACCUCGAUCUUCUGGAUGUUCUCCGAGUGUCUGGUCUGGAGGAGCGAGAGCGACUUCUGUCUGCCAUCUACAAGGAACUUCACCCACCCAACACCACCACCCAGAAACUGGACAUCCUUCUAGAAACGUUUGGUCCGAACCAUAUCGACAGAUUUACAGCUGCUUUGGUGUCUCUGACCAAGUCAAAGUCUUCACCCCAGAUCAACUGUCUGACAACCAACCAAAAUUCACAUAAAUUCAGACAAAAAGGACAGCAGUUUGGGGCUCACAGGAACACUCAUCUUGUAGAAAUCACAAUUUAUGCUUUAGAACGGAUAGUACAUUUAAGAACGCCGAAAGAUACGAGUGUUGGGAAAGUGAUGGAGUCCUGCCUGAGGAUGCUCGGAAUAAACGAAGAUAAAGAUCAAUUCAGCCUGAAGAGCAAGCAAGAUUCUUCAGAGGAAUUCUCUGUGGAGCAGCAGAUGGGUAACCUGCCGGGUUCAGAGACCAGACUACUGGAGCUGGAGUUGUGUAAAAAGGAGAAACCGAGUAAUUCUCCAGAAUCCCCUGAAUUCUGCACAUUAAAUACGGCUGAAAACAACGUCCAAAUAAUAAACCAGCAAAUCAGAGAUGAGAAGCUCCAAGAGCUAAAUCAACAAGUAGACUUCCUCCAAAAUAUCAUCCUGCAGGUGCAGGAGCUUCACCAGGGUCUGGUGGUGUUUUGUGCGGAGCUGAAGAGCACUGAUGGACAGCUGGACACUGAGACGCUGGACAGUCUGGAGCUCCAGAGACGUCUCAGCCAGGCUCAAAACCAACUGCAGGAGAAGAGACAUCAUCUACAGAUGCUGAGGGACAACACAGAUAUCACACCUGUGCAGAAAUACAGGAGAGCAGAAGUGUGUCUGCUUGAGAGGAUGAGACUGAACUGUCAAGUGUUUAAAGAAGAGAUAACGCUGGUGCACCUGAAUCGACACAUCGCUCAUCUUCACUCAGCGCUGGAGGAAAUCCACAGAAAGGAAAGAGCAGCCAAUCAGACGGCUUCGUUGGGUCAGCUGGUGUCUCCGCAGUGUCCGGCGAUGCUGGUGGCUGUAGAGGAGAGCGCCGGGCCGGACGGGCGCUACACCUUCACUGUCUGCAGGGUGGAGGGAGGAGGACUUCAGGUGGAGAACGCUGGAAACAGCAGCCUCUAUCUGAACGACAGGCUGGUGGAGGUGAACGGGGUGAGUGUGGUGUGGAGCAGUGAGGAGGAUUUAGCUGCUCUUCUUCAGAGACCGGUUUCUCAGCUGGUUAUUCUACGUCAGCCGGCGUCUCCACCCUCUGUAGAUCAGCCCCAGCAGCCCCAGCCCUGCCAGCCCUCAGCCGUGGGUGGAUGCCAGGAUGGAGCAGAGGCACAGUGACCCCGGCACGGGUCUGAACUCAUAAAAAAAUAAACUGAAAGAAAAGUGACACUACAGAUGUUACAGAAGCAGGAAUUAAAUCUGUAGUGAAAGUUCAACUAGGAGACGCUAUGUCACGUCUUUAUCCAACCAAUCACCAGCUUCCCAUGCUACCAUGUCUACCUGCGUCUUAAUUAAACCAAUUCUGUACAGAAAAGUGGAACUAAAUGUGAAAAACUUGUAACUGCAGUUGUUGCCGCCAAGAGUGACACAAUCAAGUUAUUUGAUUUUAGUGGGUAAACAUUUUUUCACACAAGGUUUGAUUGGUUUGGAUAGUUUUUUUCGUUUAAUAAAUAAAAUUAUCAUGUAAAAAGUGUGUUUUAUAUUUACUCAGGUUAUAUUUGUCUGAUAUUAAAGUUUGUUUGGUAAUCGGAAAAAAGAUCUUAUGACAAAAAAGCAAAAACUAAAGAAAUCUGUAGGGGCCAAAUACUUUUUCACGCCUCUGUAUAUUUGCUUUAUCACUCUUAUGAGUGAUGACCAAAUUCCUGUGACUGUCUGCCACGCCCACCUUAGCAACCUCAUAACAAUCAAAACUAUUGUUACAUGUAAACGUGUUGUUGCUAAUGUUGCUAAAGUAGUGGCCCACUUAAACAAACUCCACCCUAUAAUUAAUGAUACUUUAAUGCCUAUGAAUGUUGUAUAUGUACUUUAUUAUGAACCAU